UGAGUGAGUUGCAUGAAUAUCGUCAUCAGCAUCAGCGCAGCUCGAACUCUCGUGUUGUCCUCCGAAGUCCCCAAAAGCACCAUGACCACGGGCGACGAUACGAACCAAGCGUCUGACGACGCCCGCGAGACAGAAACGUCUACGAGCACUUCGCCCAUUGGGCAAAACGAUCCAUCUAUGCUGCUAACGGCAUUGGUUGUGGUCGUCGCCGGGGGUUUCCUCCUAGUCUACACUGUCAUCACCUUCAAGGAAGACCAGAAAGUUGGCACUAUCAGGGGAGACCCCACAGUCACAGACAAGGAGAGCACCACUGCGCUCCUCAAGGUGAACUUGGGGUGGCAUUCCGCAAAUCUUACCGGGGUCAGUCGAAGUACGACGAAGACUACUCCUAAUGCAACUCAGGCUCUGAACUCCACAACGGCGCCACCUGAGAGUUCUUCCACCGUCAACACGAUGACCGCGGACUCCGACACGGUGUAAUCAACGCCCUCUAUAUUCAAUUGUUUUAUAAUUAUUUGACAAAAAUAUGUAAACAGGUUCCCAGAGUAAGUCAACGUUGUACUAAAGUACUACUAUGUCAUGUA